CUAUAAACAUAAACUUUGAGCAAUGAGUAUGUAAAACAAAAAGCUACAAAUGCCGUUUCAUCUGUAAACAAGAUUACUGUGUUUACAAAUAAUUUUGACAGCUUAACUUCGUCGCUGAAAAUUGACGUCACCUGUCACGUUACUUCAACUGCCCAGUGCAUCCGAAUGCAUCCUAAGAAAGAUAAUAUUUAGCGAAAUGAAACGAUUUCUGUUAUUUUAGUAAAUAGCGGGUGUGUGUCGGUGCUGGAGCUGUCAACUUGUGCGAUUAAAAGUUGUCACUGAAUCAGUGAAGAGUUCAGAGUAAUGAGACCCCUGAGAGAUGCCCAGUUAGGGGCCUUCACCUUCUUUGCCUCUGCCCUGCCCCAUGAUGUAUGUGGGAGCAAUGGCCUCCCUCUCACUCCCAACUCCAUAAAAAUCCUGGGGCGCUUCCAGCUCCUCAAAACCAUCACCCACCCUAGGCUUUGCCAGUAUGUGGACAUCACCAGAGGGAAGCACGAACGACUGGUUGUUGUGGCUGAACACUACGAGAGCAGUCUAAAUGAUUUCCAGAAGCUUGGCGCAACUGUCAGCACGGACAAGGUGCUGCAGAUUGCCUAUGAGACCUUGGAGGGCCUGGAGUUCAUGAAUAAACAUGGCAUGGUGCAUCGAGCCCUCAACGCACAGAACGUCCUUAUGGAUGGAAAGGGCAGGGUGAAGCUGGCUAAGUUUGGCCUAUAUCAUAUGACAGACCAUGGGGCUGAUGUGGACUUUCCUAUUGGGUACCCGUCCUACCUGGCUCCAGAGGUCAUCGCCCAGGGCCCAGCCCAUCAUAGUGACACCUCCCAGGGGGACAACCCUCUGCCCUCGGGCCCCAAGACAGACGUGUGGUCUCUGGGGGUCCUGCUCUUUGAGCUAUGUACAGGUAGAGGACUGCUGCAGAACAUUGAAAUAAGCGAGAAGUUAAAAUUCAUCCUCACUCUCGGUUGUAUUGAUGACAUCGUCACAGUCCUUGCAGAGGAGCAUGGAUGCUUGGAUGCCAUUAGGGAUUUGCCGAAGAACGUCGUAACCUUAUUAAGGAAAUGCCUCACCUUCCAGCCCUCCAGACGACCCACUCCCGCGGACUUGCUGGCGGACCCAGUGUUUGAGGGCGUGUCGUGUCUCUACACCCUGUAUCAGCAGCCCGUUGGCCUGUUCUCCUCCUCCCUGCGCUGUGCCCACCUGGAGCUCCCGGAGGACAUCGGCCAGCUCUGCAAAGAUGACGAUGAGGACUACCUGGGGGAAAGGUCCAUAGACGAGGUGUACCAUCUGUGGUGUCUGGCUGGGGGAGACCUGGAGAAGGAGCUGACCAACAAGGAGAUCAUCCAGUCCAAGCCUCCAGUCUGCACCCUUCCCAAUUUCCUGCUGGAGGAUGGAGAGUCGUUUGGUCAAGGAAGAGACCGAAGCUUCCUCUUGGAUGACACGACCGUAACACUCUCUCUGUGUCAGCUGAAAAACAGACUGAAAGACGUGUCAGGAGAGGCAUAUAACCCUUUAUUGGAAGACGAACAGUCCAGUCUGUCCCAGUCCAACAGCAGCAAUGAGCUGUCCUGCACCGUUAACCUGCCACUCAUCAUCAGGGAAAGGGACACAGAGUAUCAACUAAUCCGCAUCAUCCUCUUUGACAGGCUUCUCAAGGCAUACCCGUACAAAAAGAACCAUGUGUGGAAGGAGGCGAGGGUAGACAUUCCUCCUCUCGUACGUGGACUGGCCUGGGCCGCGCUCCUGGGAGUCGAGGGGGACAUUCAAGCCAAAUAUGACGCCAUUGAUAAGGACACGUCCAUACCCACCGACCGACAGAUUGAGGUGGACAUCCCUCGCUGUCACCAGUAUGAUGAGUUACUAUCCUCGCCACAGGGCCACAGAAAGUUCAGGCGUGUGCUUAAGGCCUGGGUGGUCUCUCAUCCUGAGCUUGUCUACUGGCAGGGUUUGGAUUCACUUUGUGCACCAUUUCUCUGGCUGAAUUUCAACAAUGAAGCCCUGGCCUAUGCCUGUAUGUCAGCCUUCAUCCCCAAAUACCUGUAUAACUUCUUCCUGAAGGACAACUCUCAUGUCAUCCAAGAGUACCUCACCGUUUUCUCCCAGAUGAUUGCCUUUCACGACCCGGAGCUCAGCAACCACCUGAAUGAGAUCGGAUUCAUACCUGACCUCUACGCCAUUCCAUGGUUUCUCACAAUGUUCACACACGUCUUCCCCCUUCAUAAGAUCUUCCACCUGUGGGACACCCUGCUCCUGGGGAACAGCUCCUUCCCGUUCUGCAUCGGCGUGGCCAUCUUGCAGCAGCUCCGCGACCGUCUGCUGGCCAACGGCUUCAACGAGUGCAUCCUGCUGUUCUCCGACCUCCCAGAGAUCGACAUUGAGCGCUGCGUCCGGGAAUCCAUCAGCCUGUUCUGCUGGACCCCCAAGAGCGCCACGUACCGGCAACACGCCCAGCCCCCGAAGGCCCAGGCAGACCGGAGCGCCAGCUGCUUCGGCAAGACGGCGACCCACUACUCCUCCGACUACCAGGACAUGCCGAAGACGGACCUGUCGCGGGAACCCUUGGCGCUGCGUGACCUGAAAGCAGAGGUGUCACCCCGGAUCUCUGCUGAGGACCUCAUUGACCUGUGUGAGCUGUCGGCUGGGGGCCAGACCAAGAAGAGCAAGGCCGGAAAACCCAAGAUUCUUGCCGUUGACAUCCGCAGCAUCGAGGACUUUGGCCGAGGACACAUCUCCGGCAGCGUCAACAUCCCCUACAGCACGGCCUUCUCUGCCGACGGGGAGCUGGCGCAGUGUCCCGCCACAGGCACUCUUCAGAGCUUCAGGGGCCGCGUCAUCGUGGUCAUCGGACACUCCAUGAAGAGCGCCGCCAUGUUUGCCACGCACCUGGUGAAGGUGAACUACCCCCGGGUGGCCACUCUGGAUGGAGGCAUCAACAAGAUGAAGCACACUGGCCUCCUCACUGUCCCUUCCCCCCAGAUCUGACCUGUGACCACGCCCACAAGCUGCCCAUCAAACUCAGCCCAGCCCACACUAGCAAAAGGGAUCUUUUACCAACAGGCAUUCUGUUGGUAAAAGGUAUUCUAACACAUUGUAAAAUAUUGGAUUGUGGUGUUAUAUACUUUUUGCUUUAGAUCGUUGGAUGAAGAAGUCCCUCUUUUUUGAUACGUUGCAGUGCUGUACUGUAUAUAUGCUGUAUGUGCUUGGUGAGAAGUCAUAGCAUUAAAACAAGUCUGUUUCUGACUCUGCAAA